CCCGGAAGCCCGGCCGGGACUCGGAGCCUUCCUGCGCCGCCUUGACCCGGGCGGGCCGGCGCGGCGAGAAGCUGGGCGCGCGCUUUGGGGAGCCCCCGGGACUGACCUGCCGCGCGCCAGGGACAGGCUCUGCGCGCUGCAAAGCGAAGCGGGGAGGGAGAGGCGGCGUUGGACGUCUAGCUGCGCAGGAAGGCAGCCUCGUCGGUCUUCGCGAAAACCAGCAGCCCUCCCAUCGCCACCUUCCCCGGGGUUGCUUCAAGGGGGGAAGAAGUUCGGGGAGUUCUUUCUACGAGAGCCGUUUGCUACCUCGCAAAUACCGAGCGCGAGAGAGGACGCUUUGCAUUUGCAGCUUGCGUGCUUCUUCUUGUUGUCCUUUUUCUUUGCCUUGCAACUUUCCCCCGUGCUCCGCUUGGCUUGUCAGCCUUUCCAGGCAGCUUAAAUAAGGCUUUGCCCUGAAGCCAGAUGGUACUUGCAGGCUCCCUGCUGCUUUAAAUCUAUUAGCGAAUAUAACAAUAAUAAUGAUCGAAAGAAAUGCUUCUUUAAAUCCAGCUUGGGUGAGCUUUCUUUGAUAGCAAUGCUUUAUUAACUGGAAAGAAGUGGCUGAACUAAUAAGCCUUUGCUCUGGCAAUCGCAGCAUCCACGCUGCUGUAAAUAUGUGAGCACUAAUGUUGAAAAUAAUAAGCAUGCCUAUUUCAAUCCAAACCUUCGCUAGCCAAGAGAGAGCCAUGCUAUUUUAUUAAAUAGGAAGAAGUUGGGUGGGUGAGACAGAAAAUGCUAAGGAUCCGGGAUCCGGGUGCUGGCUUGGGCGACAUGAUGGGCAGCCGGAAGCUGCUAGCCGUGGGGGCCGUGCUGGGAUGGCUGCUGGUUGUCCACUUGCUGGUCAACGUCUGGUUGCUUUGCAUCCUCUCGGGGCUGCUGGCGGUGCUGGGUGGCUGGCUGGGCUCCCAGGCGGUGAUUGGGACCAGCAGCAGAGUCCACCUGGAGAGGUUCCUCCUCCUAGAGAGCAGCCCUCCAAACCCCGACGCGGAGCAGCAGCUGGACAAGGAGAUCGAGGGCAUGAUAGGGAAGAUCGUUCGGGAUUUCGUGUCCUCCUGGUAUCGGUCGGUGAGCAGCGAGCGGGGCUUCGAGGACGAGGUGAAAAAGGCCAUGAUGGGCCUGGCUGUGGAGCUCAAGAGGCGGAUGUCCUUGAUAGACAAACAGGCUCUGACCCAGAAGCUGCUCCUGCUUGGAGGUUGCCACCUUCAGACUUACAAGAAAGCCCGGGAGAAAGCGGAGAUGGGGCAGAGCUCUGGAGACCCUGCCCAGAGGGCUGAUCACCUAUGGCGAGCGUACUCAGAACUGUCAGACCCCCACGUGGCUGUCCAGAGCCCCGCCAGCGAGGUGGAUUAUGCUCGGCGCAUUGUGGACUUGCUCCUGCGCGUUCUGGUGCCUGAGCCGCACCUGGAGACCAGGACUGGACGCUUUGUGGUGGUGGAGUUGGUGACUUGCAACGUGCUGCUGCCCAUGAUCAACAAAAUGGCGGACCCAGACUGGCUCAACCUGCUGCUGAUUGGGAUUUUCUCCAAGAUCAAAGCUGCCGGAGGGAAUGAGAAGCCGGAGACGGCGCAAGCCCUUUCUCCAAGCCAGCCUGUGGUACCCAGUUCAUUGCCACUGGCCUUUCUGUCGGAAGCCGCCCCGGAGAACAGGGCAGUUUCCCCGAAUUCUGAGCCGUCGAUCGGAGACGCGCUUGACGGCUUGGAGUGGAGGGAGCCUUUCAGCAGAGAGCUGAGUGCUGACUUGGAUAGUAGGAGAGUUAGCACCUCUUCCGUGCCCUGCCUCCAGCCUGAUACCCUGGAGUCCUUCUUCCCCUGCGAAGACCUGGAAGUUGAGUCUCCCGUGUCCGAAGUAGGAAAGGACUCUGCAGGGCUCAUGCCCCGGGAGGAAUUCCUUGUGGAGUCCCUCACCGCCCUGGAGGGACCCGAGAGCUUGUUUCAAGAGGAUGGCCUGGGUGCCAAGGGCAGGUACUCAGAGUAUGCUGCCGGGUCCAGCUCCGAAAUGAGGCCCCGAAUCCCCUCCUUGAGCCCCUGCCCCGACAUCCAGAUCGAGGCUGCCGAGGAAAAGGAGGAGACCUUGGCUUCGCUGACGGCUCUUUUGGAGGACUCGGAGAAGACCUUCCUCAGGCGGCCGUCCUACCUGGACAAGGAGCUGGUGGCUUCUGAAAGCCUGGCCCACAGUCCUCAAGACCUUGCCCAGCUGCCGGGGCUGCUGUCUUCGUCCCCCACUGCCCCCUUGGGCACCUUCAGCUUUGAGCCGCUCAGCAGCCCCGAUGGGCCUGUCGUCAUCCAAAACCUGCGCAUAACUGGCACCAUCACUACCCGAGAGCACAGCGGGACAGGAUUCCACCCCUACACCUUGUAUACUGUGAAGGUAACUCAGUUGCUCGUCUCUUCGUGGUAUCGUAAAAUCCUAAGAGUUGGAAGGGGACCACGAGGGUCCUCUAGUCCAACCCCCUGCAAUGCAGGAAUCUUUGGGCCAGCAUGGGGGUGUGGAACCCACAACCUUGAGUUUAGGAGUCUCAUGGUGUACUGACUGAGCUGUCCCACAGAGCCAGUAAGCAGAAUAUGUUGCACCUGCAUGUCGGUCGCAAGCAUUUUUCUAAUGUUUUUGUAAGUCUUGAAAGGUCUGUUCUCUAGAGCAGGCCUUGGGUUCCCUGAUGUUGUUGGGCUCAUAGCUCCCAUUGUCCAUGCCGCAUGGGAACAGUGGAGGCCGUAGUCCAAGAACAUAUGGGGAACCAAGAUUGGAGAGCUCUGAAAGAGGAAAAGUUGCUUUAUCCAGGGACAUUGGUAGGCCUAUUCCUACCUCUUUUUUCUCAAUGGUGACACAGACCAUUCAUAACUCUGAGCGGGGCAGUGGGGUGCGGUAAGUGAAGACAAGCUGCAAUAAUUAUAGCGUUCUUCGCUGCUCCUCUAAGGAGCCAUUUGGGGUCUAGCUUACAUAUCUGAGUUUCUAACACUGAUGGGGAGUUGGGGGGGAAUACAGAUUGGGUUGUCUGGAUCCAGCUCGCCACCCAUGCUUUCCUUCUGGACCCUCAUGUCUCCUGUGUUUUCAUGUAGAAAGUAUCCAGUGGCAUGAAAAUUCUUACGUCUAGUCUUUGGCUACGCGUGGUUUCCUUUGGUGACGUGUGGUCUUCUCUUUCCCCCGCAGUAUGAGACGACUUUGGACAGUGAAAAUGCCAGUGGCCUCCAGCAGGUAGCUUACCACACCGUGAACCGGAGAUAUCGAGAGUUCUUGAACCUACAAACGAGGCUGGAAGAGAAGGCAGACCUGCGGAAGUUCAUUAAAAGUUAGUGCUGAGUCUUGCUUUCUGCAGGAGCUCUUUCAUAGGGUGGCCCUAGGCAAGUCUCCUGUUUAAUUUCAGUUGAGUGCAUAUAACGUUGCGGCCUUGACCUGCACCUCCAUGGACAGCUGUGAGUCCAAAAUGACUCCCAAGCUCCUAAUGAAGACCCACCAACCUUUUCUGGUCACUGAAACAUUCUUAUUUCUGCUUUGUGCUUUGGGACCAGCAGGGAUUGGUACACCACUCCUGUACCAAUCUGGUACUCAAAGGCAUGCACAAAGUGUUAUUGCUGACCAUCCUUUUACUUAGGAAACUGUCCUAUGCUGAGUCCAUCUAGCUCAAUAAUCUUUUGCAAUUCUCUUCUCCUGGAGACUCUCCAGAGCCUGAUUCUGUGUAUCUUUCAGAAGGCGGUAUAGCACCUAAAAAUAAUAAUCAAGCUGUCUUGUGAUAACAAGGGAUAAAGUAGUACAAUUAGCAUCAUGUUAUCCACCCAAGGUGUUGAAAUGUGGCAGGAUGUUAGUUCAAAUGGAGAAAAUAAAUUCUGCACUUCUGCAAAAUCUCAUGUCACGGACUGAGAGUGAUGGAUAAUGUUAAUUAACCACCAAAGAUGGAAUUUGAACUCUCGCCCGCAAAACUCACACAUAACAUUUGCCUGCCACACCUCUCUUCCUCUCCUCACUGUUUCCCCCCUCCCCAAAAGAAAAUAACCAGCUUCUUUAUUUAUCUUUACUAUUAGUAACCAGAGCUGUAAGGCCUUUGCUUGAUAAAACUUCUUUUGGUAUCGUUUUUUGGGUUUUUUUGUGGCUGUUCCUCUGUUGUGUUUGAGUUACGUUCUUUAAAAUCUUCAGUUGCGUUUUUGUUGUUGUAAAUUGCUUUUCCUUGGAAAAGCAGCACACCAAUAUUUAAAUAAAUAAAUGCAACAAAUAAGCUAAUAGGAUUAAUGUUGCAUUGCAGUAAGGUGUUUUUUCCCCUUCUUCAUUUUUUUUUCUACCUUCCAGAUAUUAAAGGUCCAAAGAAGAUCUUUCCCGACCUUCCUUUUGGUAACAUGGACACAGAUAAAGUAGAAGCCAGGAAAAGCCUCUUGGAGUCAUUCUUGAAGGUGAAGGCUCUUCUCUCCUCUCCUGCCACGUAAUUUCUCUUAGCAGAUUUAUUUUACUUUUUAAAUAAACUUUGCCAAGGAGACUGGGUAGGGUCACGGUUCAGUCAUUUUGAACCAGGGGUCAGCAACCUUUUUCAUGUCCCUCAGACCAUGUGGUGGGCCGGACUAUAUUUUUUUUGGGGGGGGGGGGAAAUGAACAAAUUCCUAUGCCCCACAAAUAACCCAUUUUAAAUAAAAGCACACAUUCUACUCACGUAAAACACGCUGAUUCCCAGACCGUCCGCAGGCCGGAUUGAGAAGGCUAUUAGGCCACAUUCGGCCCACGGGCCUUAGGUUGCCUACCCCUGUUUUAAACAGUGGGGUUUCCAGACCGUUGCUUGGUUCCCACAACAUAGUAAGGCAAACCAUGGUUUACUGGGGGCCACGCAGAGGGGAACCAAGGCUUGCUCUUCCCCCAUCUCAUAGUUAAUGAGGAGAGUACUCAGCCACAAGCUUGUAUCUGAUCUAAACCUUGGCUCAGCUCAGUUUGGCACAGCAGCAAAACUACUAAGGAGGAGCAAAGUGGCCAUGAUCUCCCUGGGAGCUUGUUCUAAACUAUGGUUUGGCUUACUGUGUUGUGCAAAUCAGAUCAUUCAAGCAAGGGUGGUGAGUGGAGUGAGCUCCUGUAAGGCUAGGAGAGACCUAUGACUGCGGCUGCUUUCACACGGCAGUUUAUUCAAUUUGCCCAACAUUUCCCAAACUUUCCGCAUUAUAGUAUAUCCACACGGCGUAAAACCCACUUACAAAAACCUAAUGGAACAUAGCACAUGCUAAUGGCUCAUUUCCAUGUUGUCGAAUUCCAGAAAAAAUCUGUUCACAGCCCCUUUAGCCUGGAAAACCACUGCAAAGUGUCAGAGUUUGGGGUUGUACACCAGCAUGCAGCUUUCCCCUGUUGUUUUCAUGGGGUCAUCAUGGUGGAAAAACAAGCAGGUAUUUGUGGAAAGGGUUAGGGGGCCAGGGACGUGGCCUGUGUAAAUGAAAUUUAGCACAGUGUGCCAGUGUAUCGGCGAAAAAGCCACAAUUCCAAGAUGCAACAGGUCCUGCAGUGGCAUGUUUUCAAACAGAGGUUGGAUGGCCAUCUGCCAGGGAUUCUUCAGCCGUGAUUUCUGCAUUUGCAGGGGGUUGCACUAGAUGACCUUUGGGGGUCUCUUCCAUCUCUACAAUUAUAUGGAAAGAGCAUUAGGAAACGAGGUAAAAGCGCACUAGCAUUACAGUCAGGAAAGCUAGUGCAAUAUUCCCACAUGUAAACCAGGUAGUGCAGGGCUGAUGCACCAUUUGCUGUUUUACAUUACAUUUACAAUAGACCAGUGUUUAGGGACCUUCUACUUGUUUCCAGCGCUGUUUGUGGCUAUGGCUAACCCUGGUUAAAGUCUGCCCAAGCGUGCUUCUAAACUGACCGUGAGAGCGUUCUUCUUCUUCUUCCAGCAACUGUGCGCUAUUCCUGAGAUUGCCAACAGCGAGGAAAUGCAAGAAUUCCUGGCCCUGAACACAGACGCCAGGAUCGCCUUCGUUAAAAAGCCCUUUGUGGUCUCCAGGAUUGACAAGGUAAGGGUGCUCAAAGCACAAAUACAAAACAUUAAAAAGAGCAAUAAAUCCCGUUCAAAUAACCCAAGAUUGGCUCCAUACAUUUAAACCAGGGGUCAGCAAACUUUUUCAGCAGGGGCCCAGUCCACUGUCCCUCAGACCUUGUGGGGAGCGGGACUAUAUUUUGAAAAAAAUAUGAAUGAAUUCCUAUGCCCCACAAAUAACCCAGAGAUGCAUUUUAAAUAAAAGCACACAUUCUACUCAUGUAAAAACACUAGGCAGGCCCCACAAAUAACCCAGAGACACAUUUUAAAUAAAAGGACACAUUCUACUGAUGUAAAAGCAUGCUGAUUCCUGGACCGUCCGCGGGCCAGAUUUAGAAGGCGAUUGGCCCGGAUCCGGCCCCCGGGCCUUAGUUUGCCAACCUAUGAUUUAAACCAUUUUGUGCGAAAAUGGAGAGAGCAGAACUUUGGCCCUGGCAAUGUCAGAAGGUCUCCUGUGAUUCCUUUUUUAGCUGAACGCCCCUCUCCUCUUUUCCCCAUCCUUCUUGCAGAUUGUGAUGAAUGCCAUUGUGGACACUUUGAAAACGGCCUUCCCCCGGUCUGAGCCGCAGAGCCCAACGGAAGAGCUCAGUGAGGCAGAGGUGGACGGGAAGCCCCAGAACGAAGGGAAGAAGGCUAGCAAGUAAGGGUGCCACUGGGGGCCAAUCCUCCCAUCAGCUUUGAACAUUGACCUUCGUUCUGAGUGGAUACUCCUUUAGAUGUCACUAUAUAAGCACGACCAAGAGAGUUUGUGUGAGAAAACCGCUAAGCAUUUCAAGUUCACUAGUUUUAACACUUCAGACUACAGAGGUAUGGGGUGGAAUUGCCUGCAUGGGAACUCGAGGAGAAAGCAGGCCCCAGAGAUGAGAUGAUGCACCCAGAAUUUUUGGCCUGGUUCACACAUCAUACUGAGCCAAACCACGGAGUGGCCGCCGGGACCACAUAACACCAGUCCUGAGAGAUCGGCAUUGGCUCCCAGUACAUUUCUGAGCACAAUUCAAAGUGUUGGUGCUGACCUUUAAAGCCCUAAAUGGCCUCGGUCCUGUAUACCUGAAGGAGAGUCUCCACCCCCAUCGUUCACUGCCCCAUGAGAUCCAGCGCCGAGGGCCUUCUGGCGGUUCCCUCAUUGCGAGAAGUGAGGUUACAGGGAACCAGACAGAGGGCCUUCUCGGUAGUGGCACCCUCCCUGUGGAACGCCCUCCCUUCAGAUGUGAAAGAAAUAAGUAGCUAUCUUAUCUUUAAAAGACAACUGAAGACAGCCCUGUUUAGGGAAGUUUUAAAUAUUUAAUGCUGUAUUGUUUUUAACACUCAAUUGGGAGCCACCCAGAGUGGCUGGGGAAACUCAGCCAGAUGGGCGGGGUAUAAAUUAUUAUUAUUAUUAUUAUUAUUAUUAUUAUUAUUAUUUAGGGUGGACUCCCUUGGGAUGGGAUUACAGCCAAUUUGCUCCCCUGCGGCCAUUGUUCUGCUUUGCCACCCCAAGGAAAACCGUAGCUUGGCCUAGCAUGCUGUCUUAACCUGGACUUGCAGCUUAGUUCCAUAAGGUACCGAAAAGAGUAUGUCCACCCCCACAGCCCUCCCACCCUCAGUCCCAAAGCUGUCCCAAAGUGCUCACUAGGCUUGGGAAGAAGGCUGGAGGACUCUGGGACACUGUUAGAGGCCUCAUGCUUCCUUCCCAAAGCCAAGCACCGCUUUAAACCAGCUUUAGGAAAACAGUGGAAGGGCUGGGGGGGGGGGGCGCAUCAAAUGUUGCCCAAGGCCACCAGAAAGACACUGAGGGCCGCAUAUAGUCCUUGGGCCACGCGUUGGACCACCCUGCAUCCAGGAAUGUCUUUAGCACUUGACUUGGCUGAAUGAUUAAACUGGCACUUGUUGAGUGCAGAAACCAAGCUGUGCAAGGUUAUAUUUUUGGCCGCACAAAAGGAUCCUAUCCUGAGUUUUCCACUGAGCGCCACAUGUUGUUCGGAGGCAAUCAGUCGUGAAAGCCAGCCGACACUCGGCUCCUUUAUCUGGAGGAGUAGCUGGUUAGUUGGCAGUCAGUGUUUGCCGUUACUGAACACGUGCAGGUUGAUUGAGGCCGUCGCUGAGUCUUUGCUGGAAUUAGGAGUGUUGUCAUCCCUGUGCUGGUAUCUGUAGCAUUUUUCCUUCUUCCUGGAAAGAGAUUUCUCUUCAGGAAAGCAAUCCAACGGGGAGAAUUGCAUUCUUCCUAAACUAGAGAAAUCUUGGCAGGAAAGAACAUUCCUUAGCAAUCAACAGACUUCUUGCUUUGUCUAGGAAGCCAGUAGACCCCUUCCAAAUAAAUCAAAUUUCCCCACAGCCAUAGACUUGACAGCGGAUUUUGCAGUUAUCAGAUGUGUGUCUGGGUGUUUGGGAAAUCCUGCUUUUAAAUUGCCCUUCCAAAAGCUGUGCGGUGUGUACUAUUCAGUGUCCUUCGGAAGGAGCCCCCAGCUGUAUAUCUGCUGUAUUUUGAAUGAAGCUCUGGACACCCCCAUACCAGAAAGCAUAUUUCGCAGAUGGAAACAGGUGCAGAAAAUGCAAAAUGAAUAUAUCAGGGGGCUGAAACUGCUUCCUUGCAGAUUGCAGUGUUAGCUAGGCUGGUUCUGGGUCCACACAAAAGCCUUAUGUUUGAAGGCAGCACCUGUUUCAAAAUCUUUCCAGUUUAAAGAUAACCCUGAAAACAGAGAGUUUUCAAGAAUGGUUAUGAUAGUGUGCUGAGUUCCGUUUUCUAUCUUUUAAACUAUUGUAAGUCACCUUGGGGCUAUUUUGGGGUCUGCUAAAUUAAAUCUAUCAUAGUUGGGAAUUUGCUCAUCGAGUGCUAGUACCUGAACAGCAGAUUGAGCAAGCAGGUUGUGGGUCAUGCAAAACACCAUUUUGAAUAAUGAUUUUUAUAAGGUAGGGUAGGGGGCACUGGGAAUGAGUUUACGGAACCAAAGGGCCCUGGAAAAACCACUGAUUUAAAUUAUAGUAAAGAUUUCAGCUACGUUUUCCUUUAUACAUAUCAAUCAGUGUCCUAUUGCUUGUUUGUUUUGGUGAUACUUGUUUGUUUGUUUGUUUUGGUGACCACCCUACAUGAUGCCACAAUUGGGAAUAGACCCUAUUUUUCUGGCCUUUGGUCACUACCCCCGGCUUGUUCCUGUUGCUGCCUUGUCCAGGUGCCUCGGUAACAUUUCGUUAGCAGGAUUUUUCUAUGAUUCUUGAAGGUUCAACUCAAUAGUAAUGAGGUGUGUGUACCUUUUCUCUAAAGCACAUCAAUGUAAGUGCACACAUAUGACUGCUCAAUUUGCUAAUCUUGCGGUUGUGUCCUUAUAAAACGCAUAAAAAUCCUUAGGCACUGUACACAGAUUUUUUUUUAAGGAAACCAAAUCAGUCUUUGUUUUUGGACUUACAAUCUAGGAGACAUAAUAAAAUCACAGAAUUGUAGAGUUUGAAGGGAUGCCAAGGAUCGUCUAGUCCACCCCCAUGCAAUGCAGGAAUACGCAGCUGUCCCAUAGGGGGAUAGAACCCGCAACCUUGGCAUUAUCAGCACCACGCUCUAACCAGCUAAACUAUCCAGGCCGUACUAGAACUUGGGAUUGCCCAAUGAAAUUAAUUGCUAGGAGAUUCAGGACAGGUAAAGCACUCCUUCACUCAGGGCAUGUGGAAAUAUUUGUGUGAGAGUGAAUGUUGUUGGUCACUGGGUUAAAUGACUUGAAAAGGGGACUAGGUGCAUUGGAAUAUAUUUUAUGCUAGUCAUUCUUUUUAAAAACUUUAUUAUUAUUACCUUCUAUUUUUACUCCUCUUGCCUUUAUGAUGUUAUGUAAAAUAACUUUGGGUACAGUGGAGUUCACACAUUCAGCUACCAAUAGUUAAGUCAAGGAGCCUGCCUGUGUGAGCCAGCCUUGAGCUCUUUGGAAGCAAAACGGGUUAUAACAGGUAAAUAACAAUUCUGGGGUUUUCUCUUUCGCAGGCCUAGGCUGAGAUUUGCAUCCAGCAAAAUUGCUCCGGUCCUGAACGUGCCUGGAGCGCAGGAGAAGAUUGCAUAUUCUUUCAAGGAAGGCACCGCUGUAAGUGUGCACACAUGCCCGAGGAAAUCUGAAUCAUAGAAGUGUAGAGUUUAGAAGGGACCCUGGGGAUCGUCCAAUUCAACCCCUUGCAAUGCAGGAAUACGCAGUUGUCCCUUACGCAGAUCGAACCUGCUACCUUGGCAUUAUCAACACCAUGCUGUAACCAACUGAGCUAUCCAUGAAUCUGGGCUCCCCGCAGGAGCUACCCCACUGAGUCGCUUCAGCGGGCAGGACUGAAUUGUUGCCAUUGUUUUUCAUUUAAUUUAUUUCUAUUUAUUCAAUUUCAAUUUUUGGUAAUAAUAUUUAUUGAGUUUUCCAUUUUAAUAAUCCAAUAAUAACCACAUUAAAACAUUCCAAAUUACAAUAAAAAAGCCAAAUAUAUUGCCAAAUGAUAUAUCUUUGGGUGACUUCCCAUGCUCUGAAUUUUGCGGAGUGCUAAUCAUCUGAUAUCACAUUGCAUUUCUUAAUUAGUCAAUUAACCAUUCCGAUGUUAAUCCUUCACUUAAUUUUCAUUUAUGUUUACAACCACUGGUCUGUUCAAACUUUCGUCUUCAUAGUUCUGUGUGAAAUAUUUCCCACCGUUGUUAUCCACAUUCCAGCCAUUUCAUAUUCGAUUUCUAUCCUGCCCUGACUCUCAAAGGAGCCCCGUUGUUACGAUUUGCUACAUUUCUCUCCUGCCUUCCCCCAAAGGAGCUCCAAGUGGGGCAUGUGGUUCACUCCUUCCUGCGUUUAUCCUCACAUCAACCCUGAGAGGUAGGCAGAGAGGCAGCGACUAUGGCAGUGAGCGGCUCCUUCUUCUCUCAGGUCUCAGAGUUCCUGUCUCUGGCAAGGAUGGAGUCCUUCAUCCAGAAGCAGGAGAAGCUGAUGGAGGCCGUGUUUGACGAGAGCCCAGAGGGCGAGGGAGACAGAGAUCCUAAUGCCUUUAGAUGUGCAUCCAGUUUGGACAUCGGGAAGCCCAUGAAGGCACCACAGCAGCCAGCAGAGGGCAGCAGCAAUCCUGGUAAAAAAUCUAACCUGUGCUCUGUUCCUGUUUCGCCUCGUACUAUUGUUAACUGGCCACCCCAAUCCCCGCCAAGCCAUGCAUGGCAUUCCAGGCAUCUUGACCCUCCGCCAAGGUCUGUGCUGCUUUGCGGUGAAGACCGUUGUAGCUUUAAGAAAUAUGAUUUAUCCACCUAUUUACACCUUCAGUCUGCAUGGAGGGUGUUCAAAUCUUGCAGCAUGGUCGUCUCAAGCAGGGCUUGUUCCCCACGGCAGUGCAGCUAGACUGGGAGUCCAAUAGAAAAAAGACAGUCACAGAACCAAGAAAUUGCACAAAACAAAUGAAAUGCCAUGAAAAUCCCUGAAACGAGAAGUAAUCAACUAGAAAUUAUUACAGAAAGAAAUGUAUUGGAUUUUUAGAUUUGGUUCCUUAAUUCCGUCAGGUCUCAAUUCUUAUAUUGACUUUAGUUCCUUCUUAUAAUAAUUUCUUACAACUCUAUUUAAUAUUACUCUUGUUAUUCUUUACAAACCUUAGAAAUCCCACCCUUUGUUUGAACUAGAUGGCCUGUCCCUUUAAAAAUUCUUUCACCCUUUCUUUAACAUCAGCAGUUAGGAGCGUUUCAGCCCUGUUUCUGAGUUUGUUUAAAAUCUAAAACAGCUUAUCUCAUAUUCCUUUGUAAGUUUUUUAAAAACCUUUUUGUAAAGGCAAUACUAGAGUUUUCACAGCCGAGUCCUCAACUCCUUAUUACUACUGCUUGGCUUUCUUCAAAUAGGGCUAUUGAGGUUUUCAUACCUUUUUUGUAAACUCAGGGAAGCGUUUCAGUCCUGUUCUUGAGUUUGCUUAAAAUCAUUUAAGGUUUAUGAUUUCUCUAUUUCCUUCUGAGGAAACUGAAUAGUUCAGUGAAACGAGGUUUGUAGCCGGCAUCCAGUUAAGGCUUUGUUCAAUUCUAGGCUAAUUUUUCCUUAAACUUUUUGAUUUUUGAUAUUUAGUUUAAUUCUAUAGACUGGGAGUCCAAGGCAUCUCAGCCACCUGCCUCCAGCCAGCCUGCCCAAGAUGGAUCUCAGUCUUUUUUCCUCUCCCCUCUUCUUCCCAGCACAACUUGCUAAAGAAUCUCUUUUCCUGUUACUUCACAUCCAGUUACCCUGAUAACCUUCUGUCUGCCCAGGCCCAAGAAUUCCUCUCAGAUGGGUCAUCAACACCUUUCGUCAUUUUAAUGCCUCUAUUCCAGGUGAGGCCCAGGCUUGGAACGGAAACUUAGCCUGCCUUUUUCCACUGGCCUGUAAUCUUCCCUUCAAUACUCCAAUUAAUCAAAAUCCUACCAUUUAAUAAUUUCUAGGGUUUAGAGGAUUCCUCCCUCCCCCCAACUUAGAACACUAUUAUUACUGAAUUGCUUUCCAGGCAAUGUACAAAUUACAAAAAAAACAACAGCUUUAACUCUGUUAAAAACAACACAGAAAAUGACAACAGAUACAUUUAAAAACCAUGCGAAGCGGACACCCAUGGCAGAGACCCAUUCAUCUGGCUGGGAAAUCCUGUCGGAACAAAAAUAUCCUCAGUUGUUUGCAGAAGCAACGGAGAGCAGGCACCUGUUGUAUAUCUCAGCAGGGAUGCUGUUCCGCAGAACAGGGGCAGUCACAUUAAAGGCCCUGCUCUCCUGAGUUAAUUGUGGAGCAUGUAAGAAUCAUAAAAUUGUAGAGUUGGAAGGGAGGCUGAGAGUCAUCUAGUCCAGCCCCUUACAAUGCAAGAAUCUCAAUUAAAGCACCUGAGACACAUAGCCAUCCAAACUCUGCUGAAAAACCUCUGAGGAGGGAGAGUCCACAACAUUCCAAGGGAGUCUGUUCCCCUGUCAAACAGCUCUUACCGGGUCAUCAGGGUUAGAAUAUUCUGGAGGGGAAGGCUCUUCUGGAGAAAUGCCUGGGAUGUGGUUUUCCAGAGAUGUCCGGAAUGUGAACCUGUUCUCUUCUGCUGACCUUUUGGAGUGGCCUAGUGGGCGGGGAGGGACACGAGUGGCGUUGUGGGUUAAACCACAGAGCCUAGGACUUGUUGUUCGGUCCCUGCUCCUGCCAACCUAGCAGUUCGAAAGCAUGUCAAAGUGCAAGUAGAUAAAUAGGUACCACUCCGGCGGGAAGGUAAACGGCGUUUCCGUGCGCUACUCUGGUUCGCCAGAAGUGGCUUAGUCAUGCUGGCCACAUGACCCGGAAGCUGUACGCCGGCUCCCUCGGCCAGUAAAGCGAGAUGAGCGCCGCAACUCCAGAGUCGGCCACAACUGGACCUAAUGGUCAGGGGUCCCUUUACCUUAGUGGGCGGGGAAGAAGCUGGGUAAUUGAAGCCAAAACGUAGAGAUGGAUCCCAGUUGGACGCUGCUUCUCAGGAGGCCUGGCCUUCUGCUCCUCCAACAUUCAACCCUUUCCCCUGAAACCCUUCCCAUCCUGAAAUUGUCUUAUGCUGUGAUGAGCAACAAAGUCAUUAAAACAGGGCUGUUUGCUCUGUGGAUGAUGGUCUCCGCAGCUGACUCAGGAUGCUACCACAAGGUGGCAGCGGACCACCAUGAAUUAAAGGAACAGAGGAAAUGGGGAAUAGGCAGCCAUAGCAAAUUAAUGGCAUAGUUUGAACGCUGACUUAAGGCUGCUCGAUAGCCGGUCCCUCUGUCCCUCCAAGAAAUGCUGGGAGCUGCAGUCAUGCUCCUCAUUGGCCCUGCUCCAUAUCCUCCUCCUGACUGGCUGGAAUGUCCCCUUGAGCUGUGAUGGGGCUGCUUGCUGGAGUGGAUGGAUGGAGAGGGGAAAUUUAUUUCAUUUGCUUGGUUGCAAUGGAUAGAUAAGCGCUGGAUCUGUUGCGCCGCUCAGGUUUGCUUCUGGGUCCACCCGCUGCUGACAGGUGACUCACAAUAGCCUGAGAGCUGGUACAGAGCUGUCCUGAUGGUGGCUUACUUGGAGUCAGGCCAUUGGUCCAUCUAGCUCAAUAUUGUCUACCCUGGCUGGCAGCCCCCAGAAGGUUGCCCCCAAGAGGUGUACACACACACACACACACAGAGAGAGAGAGAGAGAGACCUCGCCUGUGAGAAGGAGAACACAAAGAUGCAUAUCCUUGGUUGGGCUCGAUAAAAAAAUGCUUCUCUACUCCUGCACUGAAGCAUAAUUUAGCUUGAUGAGAGCAGGUUGGUGUGAGCUGCAUUCUUCCCAUGGCCAUAGCUGCAAGCGGUUCGGAAGCUUUCGCUUGCAGUUUCAGCUAGCCAUGGUUUACUCCGUUGUUCAAAUCCUAAAAGGUACUGAACGUUAACUAUGGUUUGUCGAAACAAGCUAGGUUCAUAUCAACUAGGUUGACUUGUUUCAGGCAUUGUUAAGUCAGGUUUGGACAACACAAAAGUUGGCCUUAACUCAAACUGGAAGUUUAUGAAGUUCUCCCAGUAGAUGGAAGAAGAGUUUGGAUUUGAUAUCCCGCUUUAUCACUACCCUAGGGAGUCUCAAAGCGGCUAACAUUCUCCUUUUCCUUCCUCCCCCACAACAAACACUCUGUGAGGUGAGUGGGGCUGAGAGACUUCAAAGAAGUGUGACUGGCCCAAGGUCACCCAGCAGCUGCAUGUGGAGGAGCGGAGACGGGAACCCGGUUCCCCAGAUUACGAGACUACCGCUCUUAACCACUACACCACACUGGCUCUCCAGAUGGAAAGGAGUGUUAAAGCUGGACACUUGCUGCAGCUGAUUCUUUUCACAGUAAACUGUGGUUUAGCACAGGGAUGGGGAACCUAUGGCCCUCUAGAUGUUGUUGGACUCCCAGCUCCCAAUAAGUCCCACUGGCUUGGCCAUUGGUUGGGGAUGAUGGGAGUUGUAGCACUGCAGUACCUGGAGGGCCACAGGUUUCCCCAUCCCUAGUCUGGAUGGAUGGACAAACAGCCUCACCUGGUGCAAGGCAGUUUCCUUACCUUACCUUUGUGUCGCCUUGACUUUGGCAGAGUCGGAGACAAUACUGGCGGAUGUUGCCUUGGACCUCCUCCGCCUGGUUAUGGUGGAUCACUGGAGCUGGCUGUGCACGGAGAACAUGCAGAAGGUCCUGCAACUGCUCUUUGGGAGCCUGGUCCAGAGGUAAGUCAUGCGACUGGAGGAGGAGGAUUUGAACUCGGUGCUGAGAGUGGUCAGGCCAUUCAGCUCUCUGUAGGCUUUGCCUGUAGAACAGGAGUGGGGCUGCCAUCAUCCCUGAUGGCUGGAACACAUGGGGACGUGGAGUCCAACAACAUCUGGAGGGGCAGAAGGUUCUUGCCUACAUGUUUCUGCAUUAUAUAGUAGAGUCCUCUCCACAAAGUCAGCUAUUUCGACCAGGCAUAUGGAACCCAGGCUCUUCCAGGUGUUACUGGAGUACAGCUCUGAUUGUUGGCCAUGAUAGUUGGAUCUGGCAAGAGCCCAGCAUCAACCGAAAGGCCACAGGUUGCCCAUCCCUGCUGAUAAGAGUCAGAUGCGCACUGUUAGCCAGCCAUGAAUCUCCAUCCAGGAGUAAUCAUAGCUUUAUGAAAGAGACUUCAGCCUGGUCUACUUCACAGGGUUGUUGUGAGAAUAUAGACAGGGAAGAGAAGCACAUAUGCCACCUUGAGCUCUGUAGAGGAAAGGAGAAAUAAAAAUGUAAGGAAUAAUAAAAGAGACUGAUGUUUAAGAAAAACCUUUCUCGGUUGUUAAAGUUCUUGGAUUAUAACCAACAACGCCUUCUCCUGAUGCUGAAAAGAUCUGAGUUUAGAGGCCCUUGGGAGAGAAUUCCGUCAAAGUGAGAGACCCUACAGAGAAGGCCUUUUCCCCAGAUGAAACAUCCCUGCCCUAAGGUAUCUGACCUAGCUAGGGAUGAUGGGAGUUGUAGUCCAAAAGCAGCUGGAGACCCACAUUUGGGAAACACUGGUGCCGGCAGUACUGACCUGGACAGACCGAUGGUCUGGCGCAGGAACAUAAGCUGCAUUUUCCAGUGUGCAUUCACUGGAUCAAUCAACACAAGCUUUAGUUGAUUCACCUACUGUUUGGGCCUUGGGCGCUGGACCAUCUCUGGUGCUCAGCGACCCACCAGCCCUCCUCCUGCAGCAGACAGCCCCAGAGGACAACCGUCUGGGGUAGACGAAGGACAGCGUGUUAGCGGUCUGGCUUAUUUGAGCUCCUUUGAGGCGUAGGUUGCCAAGAACCACAGAGGUCAAGGGGAUGCUGACAGGUGCUGGAAUGCCCGUUUUCUUUUUAAAGAAAAUUGGGUCAGGAAGAGUGAGUCGCAUCUCCUAAAUGGGCUUCUUAAAAGUAGAUGGACCAGGCUGGAAACUGAUACCCGGAGAGAGACGAGGCACAAGGGCUUUGAGAGGAAUGUCAUUGCCUGCUAAUGCGCCGGGCCCUGGUAGCCUGGGGCUCAGGUCAUGCGGACUUGGUAUUUAUUUAUUUUUUAAGAGAGAAGGAGUCACACGCUAAGUUCCUGCCUUGGCUUGGAAUCUCAAGGGGGGCUCAGCAGAGAAAAUGUCCCUUGCGAGGCCGUAUUAGGCGAGGAACUGCAAAGCCAGCAGCCUUUGGUUUCUGCAGCUGCGACACGGGUCUGGAGCAGGGUGGUGCUUUUUCGCAGCAUGGUUUGGGUGCUCAACUUGGGUGCUUUUUCGCAGCAUGCAUUGGGUGCCCCCCAGCACCCAUGCUUUUCACCUGCAACAUGGAACUUGAAUGAGAGGAGGGUUGCAGAGGGAAGGGUGUGUGUGAAAAGGCAGGGAUUGAUUUUUUUAAAAAAAUGAUAUUUAUUAAAAUUUCAGAAACAAAAAAAUACGUAGUUAAAAAUAAAAGAGACAAGGAAAAAUACAGAAAAAAAUAGAAAAAACGUACAAAAUACAAAGUAUAGAAAAAAAAUUAGAAGAAACACUUAAAGAUAAAUUAAUCCUUCCGUAUCUUACAUUUCAUUUCCUUGCUUCCCUGACCUCCUCUCACCUCCCUUUUUUGUCUUCCAAUUCCAUUGGUUAAUUUAGCAAUUCCUUUCCCUCUUUGUUUUUAUCUUAGUCCUUUAACUUAAUAUAUUAUAGCUUUAGAUUCUCACCUAUUAACCAUCCAUUUUUGCAUACACCUUUAUGACAUUGCUGCUAAAACCACUUAACUUCAUUCUGACAUCAUUCUAACAUUCAUUAAUUUUACAAUAUUUUACAAUAUAAAAUUUUACAAUAUAAAAUUCUGUAAGUAGUCUUUAAAUUUCUUCCAAUCUUCUUCCACCGACUCUUCACCCUGGUCUCGGAUUCUGCCAGUCAUUUCCGCCAAUUCCAUGUAGUCCAUCACCUUCAUCUGCCAUUCUUCCAGAGUGGGUAGAUCUUGUGUCUUCCAAUACUUUGCAAUAAGUAUUCUUGCUGCUGUUGUAGCAUACAUAAAGAAAGUUCUGUCCUUCUUUGGCACCAUUUGGCCGACCAUGCCCAGGAGAAAGGCCUCUGGUUUCUUCAGAAAGGUAUAUUUAAAUACCCUUUUCAUUUCAUUAUAAAUCAUCUCCCAGAAAGCCUUAAUCCUUGGGCACGUCCACCAAAGGUGAAAGAAUGUACCUUCAGUUUCUUUACAUUUCCAACAUUUAUUGUCGGGCAAAUGAUAGAUUUUUGCAAGCUUGACUGGUGUCAUGUACCACCUGUAUAUCAUUUUCAUAAUAUUCUCUCUUAAGGCAUUACAUGCCGUGAACUUCAUACCUGUGGUCCAUAACUGUUCCCAGUCAGCCAUCAUUAUGUUAUGUCCAACAUCUUGUGCCCAUUUAAUCAUAGCAGAUUUCACCGUUUCAUCCUGUGUAUUCCAUUUCAACAGCAAGUUAUACAUCUUUGACAAAAUCUUAGUUUUGGGUUCUAACAGUUCUGUUUCUAAUUUUGAUUUUUCCACCUGGAAGCCAAUUUUCUUGUCCAAAUUGUAUGCCUCCAUUAUCUGAUAAUAAUGAAGCCAGUCUCGCACUUUGUUUUUUAAUUUCUCAAAACUCUGCAAUUUCAGUCUAUCUCCCUCUUGUUCCAAAAUUUCCCUUUUUUCCUGCCAUUUGACCUCCAUAUUGAGCUUUUUCUGAGCCUUCGCUUCCAUCGGUGACAGCCACCUUGGGGUUUUAUUUUCCAAUAAAUCCUUAUAUCUUAUCCAGACAUUAAACAAUGCUUUCCUGAUAAUAUGGUUUUUAAAUGCUUUAUGUGCUUUGACCUUGUCAUACCACAAGUAUGCAUGCCAUCCAAAUACAUUAUUAAAACCUUCUAAAUCCAAAAUGUCUGCGUUUUCAAGAAGCAGCCAUUCUUUCAACCAGCAAAAAGCUGCUGAUUCAUAAUUAAUAAAGUUUAAGAUCUGGCAGGGCAAAUCCACCUCUUUCCUUUGCAUCUGUUAGUAUUUUAAAUUUUAUUCUAGGCUUCUUGCCCUGCCAGACAAAUCUAGAGAUAUCUCUCUGCCACUUCUUGAAACAGUCCAUUUUGUCCAAAAUUUGCAAUGUUUGAAACAGAAACAACAUUCUAGGCAAUACAUUCAUUUUUAUAGCAGCAAUACGGCCUAGCAGUGAAAGCUUUAAAUUUGACCAGAUUUCUAAGUCUUUUUUCACUUCAGUCCAACAUUUUUCAUAAUUGUCUUUAAAUAGAUUCGGCAGGGAUGGAAUUUUGCCGCAGUUGCCACUUGUUGCUUAUAGAGCACCUCAGAAUCUUCCAGGCUCUGUCCACAAUAAAGUUUUGAACAGGUGAGAUGCUCUGUUCAUAGUCUGAAGAGAAGAAGGUGGCAGGAUGCUGGGAGGGGGCUUUGAUGCAGAGAGAUGUUCAGAACAGGCUCAGGUGAGAAGGGUAGCUUGGCGGGUGUUGCGCGUGAGUCAAGGCAGGAGGAUUGCUGCGGCUUCUCUCAGGAACUCGCAGCAACUUGGAGACCUUUCAAACUGAGCUGUAAUUUUUUUUUAAGCCUUUGACGAUAACCUCUAUACCUGAAAGCUGCGGCUGCUGCCUCAUACAACAGUACAGUCAUACCUCGAGUUGAAUGUGCUUCAGGUUGAGCGCUUUCAGGUUGCACUCCGCGGCAACCCAGAAGUAAUGGAGUGCGCUACUUCCGGGUUUCGCCGCUUGUGCAUGCGCAGACGCUCAAAUUAUGUCACCCGCAUGCGCGGAAGUGGCAAAACGCGACCCGUGCACGCGCAGAUGUGCCGUCGCAUCUUACGUUCUAUUCAGGAUGCGAACAGGGCUCCGGAACUGUAUAUAAAUGAAGAAAUAACAAAGCAAAAACCCACGAUAGGCCCUGGCAUUGAAUGACGACACCCUCUUGCCCUGCAGGAAACAUUUUCUAUCCUACAUUUUUCCCCCCUCCAAGGAACUCAAGGCGGCGUACGUGGUUCCCCAUCUCAUUAUUUAAUUCCCAUGACAACCCUGUGAGGUAGGCUAAGCCAGGAAGCAGCGACUGGCCCCCCAAGGUCACGCCUAGUGAGCUUUGUGGCCGAGUGGGGGACUUGAAUUCCAGUCUCCCAGGUCCUAGUCCUCAUUUAACCCCACAACAUUCCUGUGAGGUAGGCUAGGCUGGGAGGCAGCGACUGGCCCCCCAGGUCACAACAGUGAGCUUCGCAGCCGAGUGGGGGAUUCGAACCCAGGUCCUAGUCUGGCACCUCAACCCACUGCACCACCACCUCUCUCGCCUCUCACUUUCGCCUUCCUUCCCAAUGUUGGGAAGGGAAUCUUGCCUUCUAAAUUUCUCCCGGUGAUUAGUUUUGUGGCAGUGGCCAAGGGAGAAGAAAACCAGAUGCCCGAAAAAGGUAUUGCUCAGGAAGGCAAGCAGCCCCCACCCCCCUUGCCCAAAGCGUGUGUUAGGCCGAUCCAAUUAUGCAACGGUGGAACGAGCCUUUUUUUGGUGGCUGGACGGGGAGAUGGGGGAGGGAGGGUCGGCCAAGAGAUGAGAUCAUCCGGAGCCAAGAAAAGAUUCCCCGCUUGGGUGGUCUCUUAAACUCAGCCCGUAAACAAAUCCCUUUGGGACCAAUGCAGGCAUUAGAGUACUACGGCUAGCAAAGCAUGUUUGUGUAAGAAUCUGCUGUAAAAAGAGCAACCGAGGGGGGUGGGAGCAAAGCAGGUUUGGAAUCAGAGAAUUGUCAAGCGGGAAGGGACCCCAGAGGGUCAUCUAGAGCAGCCCCUUGCAAUGCAGGAAUUGCACCUUCAGAACUCCUGUGGGGUCCCCUCCCCACACAACAGUUUGCCCCUUUUUCUUUCUUCCUGGAAGUCAGUGGCAGCUAUGGAUGUGCUAGCAAGACACCAUUGGGGUGCGUGAGUGGGCUAAGCCUCCUGAACAGCUCAGUUGGUUAGAGCGUGGCGCUGAUAUCUCCAGGGCUGCAGGUUCAAUCCCUGUAUGGGGCAGCUGCUUAUCCCUGCAUUGCAACAGGUUGCACUUGAUCAGUGUUUCCCCAACUUGGGUCUCCAGCUGUUUUUGAACUACAAUUCCCAUCAUCCCUUAUGGCUGGUCCUGCGAGCUAGGGAGGAUGGGAGUUGUAGUCCCAAAACAGCUGGAGACUCAAGUUUGGGGAACACUGGUGGUGGCAGUUUGGAAAACACCAGAGUAGAUGAUCCUCAGGGUUCCAUCCAACUCUACAAUCCUAUGAUCCUGACUGUUAAGAUGCAAGCCCUCUUUUCAUGGCACAGUCCCCUCAUCUGCAUAGCCCCACCCCUCAAUCUGCAUAUUUUUUACCCUGGGUUCCGCACUGGGAUGCAGUGUUGGGAAUGCAUGUGAUGCACACGCUCCCAGUGGCAGCCAGCAUUGCAUUCCCCCCAAAUGUGCUUGGACUCCCAAUAUGCGUCAGUCCCAGCCAGCAUGACUAUAGGAACAUAAGGAGCCUGGCUGCUGGAUCAGACCAGUGGCCCAGCAUCCUGCUUUCACAGCAGCCGACCAGAUGCCUGUGGGGAACCCCCAACCAGAAUUCAAACACAAGAACCGUCUCUCCUCCUGCGGCUUCCAGAAGCAUCACUGCCUCCAACUGGGGAGGCAGAGCAUAGCCAUUGUGGCUAGUAGCCAUCAAUAGCCUUAACCUCCAGGCCCAGGGUUUGAAUGUGCCCCCAAACCUCCCUAUCUGGUCCUCUGGAUUCUCCCUUGCUUGGCCCUGCUUCAGGUCCCCCUUCAGUGUUUCUGCCUGCCUGGAAUGUGUCCUUGGACUCCAGUAAGGUUUCUUGCUUCUAUGAAUUAGAGCAAUGUUUCCCAAACUUGUGUCUCCAGCUGUUGUUGGACUGCAACUCCCAUCGUCCCUAGCUAGCAGGACCAGUGGUCAGGGAUGAUGGGAACUGUAGUCCCAAAACAGCUGGAGACCCAAGAUUGGAAAACACUGGAUUAUAGAAGGUAGAGAGGCGUGUAGCAGUGUCUGUAAAAACGUGACUAUUGUACAGAGGUAGAAUUGGCACCAUUGCCCCAGCCACCUUUGCCUCUGGGCCCAAUCCACGACCGGUAAGUGGCCCUCGGAAGAUUGCCCUGAGAGGAAUGUGGCCCUCUGGUUGACAAAAUUUUGUAGGAUAUUCUUCUCUUUGCAUUGGCAAAAGGACUGAUAGUUUUGGGAAGGGCGGGGGACUGAAAUUCAAGGACUUUGAGAGAGAGCUGCCUGCGAAGGAGGAACGAGCAACAGCGUGUCCUGGCUAUUAAUGGCUUUUGGUGUCAUUAGGUGAGAGGACAGUGAGCAUCCCAGCUAUCUUGAUCCCUUUCUUUGAUCCUGUGAGUCAGCGGUGGGAUAAAAAUACGGCGCGAGACAUCUGUACCCUGCCCUCAGGCUGUCCUCUUUGGCACUGGAUGCUAGUGUGUCAGAGGGACAGGUAAUGCUAGCCCAUCGGUUGGUGCUGAGCACCGAGACAAAAUGAUGUUUUUGGCCCACCUGGCUUCUGCCAAAGCAGACCUGUUGGGAUGCACAGAAUCACAGAGUUGCAGAGGAUCGUCUAGUCCAAACUCCCUGCAAUGCAGGAAUCUUUUUCCCAAUGAGAUUAAGAAUCUCAGGCUCUACCAACUGAGCUGCCCCACCUUUCGUUGAGGUGUUAUGUGGAUUCUCAUGCAGAUGAAUCCAGACCCAUAGAACGCAGCCCUGUGGAACUCGAGGGGCAGCCCACAGAAGCCCAAUUGAUAAAGCAGACCGAGACGUGAUUUGGAGAGGGAGGAGGGAUCGUGGGUGGGGAUAUGUGUAAGUCUGCGAGGAACACGACACCAAUUGGCAGGUCUCUUUGAAGGCCAGAGAUAGGGCUUUGGAGCUGAGGGCACGGCUCGGCCGCAUCCCUUGGCACAAUGCCUCCGCAGUCCUGCGAGGCGACUGCUCUUGAGAACUAGCCACUUUAAAUAGGCUUCCCGGAAGAAUAAACAUUCCUGACAGGCUGUGGGGGAAAGGCACUAAUCCCAUUUUUGGAGAAUCUUGCUUGUGACUAUCAGUUACAUUUGCGCAGUCUGGAGGAGAAGGGAGCGUAGCUCAGUGAGAGAGCAUGCACCUGGCCUGCAAAAGGGAGCCAGGUCCAGCCGCUGCCUUUUCCAGUUUAAAAAAACAACACGUAGAAGGAGAUGAGGAAGAGCAUCUUCCAAAGACGAUGGGGAGCCCUUGCCAAUCAGAGCAGGCAAUACUAGACCAGGUGGACAAAAAGUCACCUUCUUAGAUUCCAUUGAAUUGUAGACUUGGAAGGGACCCAAAGGGUCAUCUUGGGUAGAAGGGGGGAAACCCCCAAGUGUAUUGCUUGAUUGCCAGUUUCUAAGCUUUUCUGGAUGCCCAUAAAACCCUGGACCAAAGAUAGCAAGGCAGAUGUAGAAUUGUAGAGUUGGAAGUGAUCUAGCCGCAUUGGAGGAUGUUGGACCAGAUGAGCCUUGGAGAUCCUUAGAUUCCAUGAUUCUAAUGCAGGGAUAUGCAGCUGUCACAUACAGGGAUUGAACCUGCAACCUUGGCAUGACCGGCACCACACUGUAACCAUGUAACUGCACUCCAGCUGCCAUCAGCCCCAGCCAACAUGGUCAGGGGUGAUGACAGUUGUACUUCAGCCACAUCAGGAAGGCACCAUAUUGGCUACCCCGACUUAGGAGCUAAGAAGAACUCCAUCACUAGGCAGCCAAUGGGAAGCUCCCAAGCAGGAGCUGAGUGCCAGACCACUCUUCAUCAGCAGCUGGUACUCAGAGACAUAUUACUAUCAUGGCUAGUAUAUGCAGAUACGCCUUUGUCUGAUCCCCUUUGAAGGCCAUCAAAGUUCGUGGCCAUCACCACAUAGCCUAGCAGCAAAUUCCACAGUUCUACUUGCUCCGUGAAAGAACCAGGAGCCCCUCUAAAAUCUGUUCCCAUAGUAGGGAACAGCCACAAAGACUUCUAGAGCCCUGGCAUUGCCUUCUGUUGCAGUAGAAAGCUAUGCUUUCAUUGGAAGUAUAAUGACAGUCCUCUGGGAACUUCUGUGUUGCUGUUGUUGUUUUACUGUUUCUCACAAAUGAAUUUGCUUUAUUUCUGUUUUUGCUGGAAAUUCUUUUUUGAGGCCAAGAACCUUUAAAGAUGUUCCUGAGCAGGGUGGCAGCUGCAUAGGUGGAGUGGGGUGUCUGGUAAAGGUAAAGGGACCCCUGACCAUUAGGUCCAGUCGUGGCCGACUCUGGGGUUGCUGCGCUCAUCUCGCUUUAUUGGCCGAGGGUGGCCAGCAUGACUAAGCCGCUUCUGGCGAAACCAGAGCAGCGCACGGAAACACUGUUUACCUUCCCGCCAGAGAACUUUGACGUGCUUUCGAACUGCUAGGUUGGCAGGAGCAGGGACCGAGCAACGGGAGCUCACCCUGUCACGUGGAUUCGAACCACCAACCUUCUGAUCGGCAAGCCCUAGGCUCUGUGGUUUAACCCACAGCGCCACCCGCACCCUGGGGUGUCUGGAAUUUAUCCCAAAUAAAUAUAGGUGGUGGUGGGGAGAGAAAUACCACCUUUUCUCCUCCACAGGCUGCUCUUAUGAGAUUCCACCUGGGCUCUGCUUCUUCUGUUUGCAAGAGCUCCUUCGAGAGAGGCUGCACCCUUUUUGCAAGUCCACCUCCCUGGUAUCAUUUGAGACCCACGCUCUGUGCAAACUGUUAAUCCAAAGAUAAAGACAGUGCCUCUCAUCACAUCCUGGCUGUCUGCGCUUUGGAAACCUGAGCCGGGCUUGAGUGGGGUGGCUUCUGGGACUGGGUGGGGGAGGGCUCGGAGGAGCACCAUGCUCUCUAAAGGGAUGUUUAGGCACAUGCACCGAGCGAGGUUGGUGUUGGGUUCCAGAGCGGGAGUUAAAAUAAAUGAGAAGUAUCCUCAACUUGGUCACUGGCAAGUUGAGCAUCACCUAGCCCUGUCCUGACUCCCUUCCCAAAUUCCCACCCUGUGAUCCUUUGGCGUGGCACGGGGCAGUAUUCAACCUGGCACAGAAUGCUGCAAAGGACUUGCCUCUACGUCUGUCCGCCUCUGCAGCUGUGGCACACAGACCUAAAACAGGUUUGGAUACCACAGAGCCAUCCUUUCCCCCCUUCCAGCAAGGUUUUGUCUUCCUCAGCGGCUAUGGUAGAAAUCAGCACUUCACACCCACAAAACAGGGCUCAGUGUCCAUCUCUACGAUUCUACUUUGGCCAGGACUCGUUCUCACAAAGUAGCAGGUGGGGAAGAAAAUAUAGUUUCGCCGCUGCAGUCAGUGCUGGAGAAGUCCCCCAUCAGGCAGACUCUCUUUUUCUGAUCCGAUUGAUAGGGUUUUCUGCUCUGACACACAGCAAACUUAACAGCUUUUAUGGAGGUGGCAGAGUUUAUCACAAACUGGUUAAUAAGAGACCGCAAGAAACUAGCUUUGAAGGAGAAACAGGGGAACAGAAUUGCUGGUCAAAAACCUCAAAUGUCUCAUAUUUCCUUCACCUUUUCGCCUUUUCUCCUACCUUCAUGCUGACUCUCUUUUCCCCAUUCUAAGGGAGAUGGGGCCUUAAGAUAGAAACAGGCUCAGGCCUUGAAUAAUCCAAGGCCCUUACAGACCCCAAACCCAUGCAUUCUCUUUCCAAACAGAUGAAAUAGUAAGGUUUCAUUUCCCCACUCUACUGCUUUGGGAUGUGUCAAGGAAGUGUUGCUGUUGUACAGGCUGAAACUUACCUUUGCACCUUGGGAAUCAAGAGGGUGUGAUUUCCAAAUCAGUGGAUUCAGUAUCCAGACAACUUCUCAUUUUGUCAUUGAUAUUCUUAUUAUUUUUUACCUUCAUAUCCUGCCCUUUCCUCCAAGGAGCUCAAGGUGGGAUUCAUGGUUCUCCCCCUGCCUAUUUUAUCCUCAACCCUGCGAGGAAGGCUAAGCUGAGUGAUGGGGACUUGAUCCAAGGUCGCCCAAAUGACCUUCACAGCUGAACAGGGAUCUGAGCCAGGGUAUCCCAGGUCCUAAUCUGACGUUUUAACCCCUGCGCUGUGCUGGCUCACAUUUUGGGCAAUUUGAAUUCUGCGUUUCACAGAAGAAAAGGAUUCUGGCAAGCAGGCAUGCAUGCAUGUGCUUUUUAUGUAUUUAUUGCAUUUUUUAUUCCACCUUUCCCUCCAGGGUUCUCUCCUCUCAUUUACACACACAACAGCAACCGUGUAAGGUACGGUAGGCCAAGAGGCAGUGACCAGCCCAAGGUUACGCCCAGGGUCAAGUGGGGGAUUUGAACCCUGGUCUCUCUCCCAGGCCCUACUCUUGACACUUUAACCCAUUGCUUCUGAAACUUUGAGUCCCCAGCUGUUGCUGGACUACAACUCCCAUCAUCCCUGCCCACUGGUCCUGCUAGCUAGAGAUGAUGAGGGUGGUAGUCCAGCAACAGCUGGGGACCCAAGUUUCAGAAGUGCUGCUCUAACCACUACUCUGCCACUGACUGUCUUAAAGGGGAGAUAUGUGCCCCUUUUUCAGCUUUCACUGACAUGGAAAUUCCCACUUCUAGGCACAAGAGGGCACUGCUGGCUACCUUUUCCCCUUCCUCCUCCUCUUCCUCCAGCCGCUGGUUCUAGUUCAGAACAAGGAGAUGUACCAGCGAUGCAGCUCAGAGCAUCAGAAGUGAGGUGCAACCGGAGACUUUAAAAAGAGGCUGCCGGCAUGUUUCGCCAGCUGACUCUGGGAAGGAGCGAGCGGAUGCUGCUCCCCUUCCAGUUCACGCAGUGGUUGGGCUUGGCUUAGUCUUGCUCACUUUGUAUUGGAAGUGAGUCAAGCCAGCCCUGAGAGCUGCUAUUACUGCUUAAGAGAUGUUGCUUUGGAUCCUACAGGCCUUGUAGGAUACAGGAACGCCCCACUCCACUUUUCUUCUCCUUUUGCAUCAAUACUGGCUUGAGAAAUAAGGAUCAGGGCCAUUUCCGCCCCAAGCAGCUGCUCUGCGUAAGAAUGGCGUGUUGGAUUGGGCCAAUGGCCCUUCUAGUCCAGCAUCUUGUCCAGCUCAGGGGCCACUGAGAUGCCUGUGGAAAACCUGCAACUUGAAAUUGCCUAAUCCUCUUUUUGAAGCCUUCCAAGUUGGUGGCCAUCACUGCCUCCUGAGGAAGCGAGUUCCAUAGUUUAACUCUGCAUGGAGAAGAAGUAGACUCAUAGAAUUUUACAGCUGGAAGGGAAUCCUGAGAGUCAUCUAGUCCAGCCCCUUGUAAUGCAGGAAUCUGAGCUGAAGCAUCCAAGACGGAUGGGCCAUUCAACCUCUGCUUAAAAGCCUCCAAUGAAGGGAGAGUCCAUCACCUCCCAAGGGAGACCAUUCCACUGCCUAACACAAUUGUCAGAAAAUUCUUCCUGGUGUUUAGUUGCAAUCUCCUUUCUUGUAACUUGAAUCAUCUGCCUUGAAAUCUUCCAGCAUUGGAAGAUGCAUCCAAACUGAGCUGCUUUUACUCGGCUCCUUUUCAAAUCCUCGCGAAAGGUUAGUAAUUGUGACUCAGUCGCACCCUUGAGUUUGGCAAGAACUGAGUCCAGCUCGUUGAAUUCUGGGUCCAGCCCUAUCUGCCAUGCCACUCAAAGGUUCGGGAAAGUUUGUUCCAAUUCCGAGACUUUUCCAAAGGCAAACGCGAAAGGGAAAAUGAUACCAAACACUAACAGAAAUAGGGUGUUUCCUCCACCCAAAUACACCCACUAUCUUCAAGUUGCAACCUAAAAUCCCAAGACUUAGAGAGGCAGCAUGUUCCCUGCAGGUGGAAAAGGUUAUGCAGAUUCGUGAUCCUAACCAUGCGAAUGGUUUUGAUUUAUGGAGCCCAAUUUACUGGCUUUUAAUCAUUAAGUGCAUUGUUAGGGGCAGCGUGCAUUGUUACUUUGUCAUUUUAUAGGGCAAUUUUAUUAAGACUGCGGACACAGGCUCUGCAAGAACUUGGCAGUGGAGCAAGAACCGUUUGUUCAAGUCCACCACCAAUGCUGGGACAGAUGUUGUGUCCAAAAUACAGAAUAGCACAGCGUUGAAACUGUCAGAAGGGGGAACGAAAAGAAUGAGAUUAAGGGGGAAUAGGGAUUAUAGCCACUCCCCCCCCAUUUUGGAACCCUUCCCACAUGUACGCUUUAUGCAUGCCCUCUGUGUGGUGUAGUGGUUAAGAGCGGUGGACUCGUAGUCUGGUGGACCGGGUUUGAUUCCCCGCUCCUCCACAUGCAGCUGCUGGGUGACCUUGGGCUAGUCACACUUCUCUGAAGUCUCUCAGCCCCACUCACCUCACAGAGUGUUUGUUGUGGGGGAGGAAGGGAAAGGAGAUCAUGAGCCGCUUUGAGACUCCUUAAGGGGAGUGAAAGGCGGGAUAUCAAAUCCAAAAUCCAAAUCCAAACUCUGCUGGUCUGCCCAUAGUUGGACCCAAGUGUGGCUUGGAGGGAAGAGAUGCACUUGAAUUGCAGGGGGUUGGACUAGAUGCCCCCUUGGGUCCCUUCCAACUUGGUGAUUUGAAGACUCUCACCCUCAAGCACAGGGACACUGUAGCUGUCAGGACUCGAUCCUGCAGUACAACCUUUCCCAACUGGGUGCCCUCCAGGUAUUACUGGACUCCCAGCUCCCAUCAGCCCCAGCCAGCAUGGCCAAUAGUCAGGGACAAUGGGAGCUGUAGUCCAACAAAGCCAUCAGGUUGGAGAAGGCUGCUGUACCUGGUCUUGAACUCGUGGGGAUGGGCCACGGCACAGUGGUAGAACAUCUGCUUUGCAUGCAGAAGGUCCCAUGUUCAGUCUCCAGUAGCAGCUCCAGGUAGGGCUGGAAGAGACUCCCUACCUGAAACCAUGGAGAGCUGUUGUCAGUCUGUGUGGACAAUACUGAGCUAAAUGGAUCAAUAGUUUGAUCCAUUUACUAUGUUCCUGCAAGGAUUUCGCCUGUGUUCCACCAUAUAUUUAGACCCUUGUGAUACCACUUUAAACAUUCAUGUCUUCCCCCAGAGAAUUCUGGGAACCUUAGUUUAAGGGUGCUCAGAGUUGUUAGGAGAUCUCUUUCUUCUCACCCCAGAGCUACAAUUCCCACUAUGGUUUAACUGUCAAUGGUUUAACUGUCAAUCCCUUCUCCCAGGGAAUUCUGGGAACUGUAACUCUUGAGGGGGAAACAGGGGCCUCCUAACAACUCUCAGCACCCUUAAGAAACUCAUUCUCCUAAGAUUAUUUUGGGAAAGCCCUGACGUCAAACACACACUUGUGAAUGUGGCCUUACUGGUGAUUCCAGCCUACUCGUUUCUCCAGCCGAGGUGCCUUUGCAGAGCUAGGAUUGGCACGUAUCAUUCUGCAGUCAAAGCUGCAUCUAGAAGGCUCCUGGAUUCUCAGUGGCCCCGGGGUCAGUGGGAGAGGGGAGUAAGUUGUCCUGCUCUACUCCUCCACCCCAGUUUCUCCCCCUCGACCGAUUUCCGCCGCUGCCUCCGUUCAUUCCCAGCCCCUCUGUAAUCCGCCCUUUGGCCGGGCCUUGAUGGAGGUCGCGCCCCACAGAGGUGAAGUCACGGCGGACAAUGAGGCUCUCAGUCGCCACGACAACCAUCAAAUUGCCGUAGCUGCUUCUUCACCCUGUCAGAUUUCACACCCUGCACUCCUUGCCGUGCGGCCGAUUGCUCCAGGGGGAGGGGACAGGUGCGAGGGGGAGUCACUAUUAUUUUUUAAAGCCACCCUGUGUGGCCAGUUUAAUUAGCUCCCAACACAGGGACUCUGCAGUGGGGCAGGCUGUUCUGCUGACCCGCUGGUAGAUGUCGGAUGAGAACAGGAGCAGGAAGCCAUUCGCACCAGAAUGAGACAUUGGGGAGAGAAGGGGGGGCAGUUCCUCCACACUAACUAGUGCAAUGACAUCACCGCCUUCAGUCAUAUCAUUAUUAUCACAUAAUCUUAUCACUGAUUUAGUUUAUAGCCCCCCCUGCCUCCCCAGUGGAGGGAGCGGACAAGUAUAAGCAAGUGGUGCAUAUUGGGGGGGAGGGGCAAAAGAAUAUUAAUUUUCCACCCAAGCUCAUGAGAUCAGAGCUGGAGGUGUUGGGCCAGAGUCAUAGUAGAUAGCGCAAUGGUGACAUCGUCUCAAAGGGACAAUGGAGUGCACUUCUGGGGGUGAAGCCAAACCACUCCAUGAGCAGCACCCAAGAGACCUCCCUGGGGUGCAAGCCAGGGCAAUGUGUAUGGGGGUUCUGGGCUGCCCAGAUGACAAGGCCACCCCCCUCCUUGACCUCACCAAUGUGGUCCAAAGGAAAGCAGAGCAAUGCGUUUGGGACCAGCUUGGCUGCAGGAGUUGCCAGAAGGAGGCGUGCCAUCUUACCGACUCCACUCCAUAUUUGUGUAGGGUUGGCUCUUCAGCCUUUUCUUCUCCUGAAGAUACCCUGCAAGGCAGCAGAGGCUUAGGACCAGAGUUUUCCUUCUCCUACCUUGCCAGGGGGGACGAGCCCCAUCUGCCCCUCACUUCCCUCUACCGCCUUCUUGACCAUUGGGCCCACUAUUGAUCUCAUCCGCUCCCAUCAGCUGGAACCAGUCUUUGCAUGCAGGGAAAGUCCCUAACUACCAAGGGUUCAAGACCCAUUGGUUACCCUGACCUGGUUUAGCUGGCUGGUCAAAGCCGUUCCCGGGGUGUGGCCGUUGCAGCAUGCUGAAAGCUUCUAGGAGCCACAGGUGAGAGCUGAAUGUGGGAUGGGAUCCAAAGUUGGACGAACUGCCCCAGAACUGUUCCCUUCCAGAGAUACUCCUCAUCCCCUAACACCCCAUACAAAUCCAUGGUGCGGCUGCAUUUGGAAUUCUGCGUGUACUGCUCUGGCCACCUUGCCUCUACAGUCAUACCUCGGGUUACAGCCGCUUCAGGUUGCGUUUUUUCGGGUUGCGGACUGCCAAAACCCGGAAGUACCGGAACGGGUUACUUCCAGGUUUCGGCGGUCACGCAUGCGCAGAAGCGCCGAAUCGCAACCCGCACGUGCGCAGACCAUAGCUGCCAACUUUUCCCUUUUCUUGCGAGGAAUCCUAUUUGGAAUAAGGGAAUUUCCCUUAAAAAAAGGAAAACGUUGACAGCUAUGGCGCAGACGCGGGUUGCGAAUGCUGCGGGUUGCAAACAUGCAUCCCGCACGGAUCACGUUCGCAACCCAAGCGUCCACUGUAAAAGGAUAUUCUAGAGUUGGAAAAGGUUCAGAAAAAGACAGCCAAAACGCUCAGUGGGAUGGAGCAACCCCCUAUGAAGAAAGGAUGCAGCAUUUGGGGCUUUUUUUUGGUUUAGAGAAAAGGCAAGAAAAAGCAGCAUGGAAGAAGUUUAUAGAACUAUGAAUGUCAUGCAGAAAGCAGAUGGAGGGGGGGAAUAUCCCUUUCUCGUUACACUAAUAUAUCCAGUGAAGUUGAAUGUUGGAAGAUUAAUGACAGAUAGAAUAAAAUCCUUCUUCAUGAGGAUUCUACAGAACUCCUUUCCACAGGAAGGCAGCGAUGGCCACCAACUUGCAUGGCUUUAAAAGAGGAUUCAGUACUUGGAAGAGAAGAGGGCUAUCAGUGGCUCCUAACCACAAUGGCUAUGCUCUGCCCUCCACAGCUGGAGGCAGCAAUGCUUCUUAAUAACCUGUGGUAGAAGCCGCAGGAGGGGAAAGUGUUUUUGUGCUCGGAUCCUGCUUGCAGGUUUCCCUUCGGGGCAUCUGGCUGACCACUGAGAACAGGAUGUUGGACCAGGUGGGCCAUUCUCCUGAUCCAGUGCAGAUCUUACGUUCUUAGAAGCCCAAGGUAAUAGACAUAGAAUUUUAAAAAGCAUUAAAAAAAUCAACAGCAGCUAAAAACAGUUUAAAAUAUAGUCAAAACAUUCUUAAUCAGUGAUCUUGGAGUUGCUUGGAAUACUCUUUCAGCUAUCAAAUGUCUGUGUAAACAGGAGUGUUUUAGAAGUCAAUAAUGAGUCAGGAAAGUCAGUGAAUCCGACCUGUCCUUCAGGAGAGAAGAUCUGAUAGGGGCUUUAUUUACUUCAUUUAUAUCCCUCCUGAAGGAGCCCAGGGCAGCCCUACGAGGUGAUUCAGGAGCGGCUGUGCCUUGGAGAGCAGCCUUAGCCCUGUGGCUGGAUUGUCUCUCUUUCCCUCUCUUUCCUUGGGUGGGGUGGAGGAAAGCACAAAUUGAAAAGGCUGCCAUGGACGCAGCCAAGCCACUAGGCCCCUCUGCAAUUCCAAGCACUGCUUGCAGAGUUUGUGUGCCAGAGAAGCUGGCGAAAAUAAAAGACUUUGGCAAGGCCCGAGUUCCUCGCAUGCUUUUUUAUUAUUACUACAAAGUGCCACAAGUCUGAAACGCUGCCUGGGGUGCCUCUGAGCCACCCGCCUGGGAGCGCGUCCAUGCAGCUGGGCCAGAGCUAGGCUCUUUCCCAAGGCACCUGCUCCCACCACCCCUGUGACUGCCGAGAACAGAUGCCUGGGGCAGGUGAGUCAGCCGUCCUUCUGCCAGGGCCAUCUGGGGAGCUCAGCAUCCUGCUGGGGAGAUUCGACUUGGGCUCCAUUUACCUGUCUGCCCAUCCUCCUUUCAGGUGACUCCUUCUGGUCAGUAACUGCAGUGACGGAAUCAUAGAAUUGUAGAAAGAAGGGACCCAAAGGACCAUCUAGUCCAACCCCUGGCAAUGCAGUCUAAGGUCAUGUUUCCAACCCACCAAACUAUGGUUUGGAGGAUCAAGAAACAAUCUAUAUGUUUGUGCCCUCUCCUGCCCUAUUCCCUCUUUCAGUGCUUGAGCUCUGGGAGGAGGGGCUGACCAUAGCUUUUGAGAUGCACACCCAGCUACUGUUUUUAAAAUGAGAAUAACAUGUAGUUUGACAAAAAUUGGGAAGGAGCCAGGGUGGGGCUUAAGGGUUUCAUUAACCCCUCCCCCCAGUGCACCCUUGACACACACACACACACACACACACCCCUUUACAUUGUGCUCAUCUUUACAUUUUUUGACUAAACCACAGUUUGCUGUUUAGUCCAAACUGGCAAACCAUGGUUUGAGCAAUCCUUUAAAAACCAGUUCGGUCCUGGUCUCCAAUCCUGGUUUGGAUGGAUUCCUCAAACCUGCUCUUGAAUAGAAUGGGGCACGCUUCCAAGUAGCUUGGGGUCACUUCCUAACCUACAAAUCUUUGAUUCUGAGAUUCUGUGAAACAUGCAGGGGACUUACUUUCCGCCUCCAGACAUCAGCUCUCAGGAUCAGAGGAAGGCAGGAGGAGGCGAAGCAUAUUGAAAUCUGGCCUUCGGACACCCCACGUUUCGGUUGCUAUGGUGCCUCCGAAAUGCCUGGCAGGAUCUUCCAGCAGCCAGAAGCCAAGGACGUCAAUGCUCCUUUAAAUGAGCCUGGCUCCUGUGCAAUGGCAGAUGUAACCCAUCAGCUAUCACGGCCAGGUUCUUUUUUAUUACAGAAGCUAUAAUGUUCUGGGCAAGGAGGGCUUCUCGCCACUAAGUACGAGAGCAGCUGCCUGGCUGCCCUCCUUCCAAUUCAGUGCUGUUCCAGUCAUGCUGUGUUAUUCACAUUGGCUGCUUGGUGGCUUGCGGUGGCCAGAGGUGUGUCUGCUUGCCAGGGGGUGGGGACCAUGGUGCCCACUUAUGAAACACGAGGGAGAGCUUUACUUAAGACAGACUAGUAGCAGGACACAUGAAUGGCUCUUUGGGUUUAAGCAUUUGCUGUAAGUAAUUUCUACAGCUGAUUUACAGCUCAUGACCCCAAAGCCAGGUCCUCCCCUUCCCUUGAGGGAGCAUCAAUUGACCCACUUCCAUGGGCCAGCUCAGAAGCAAGAGAAAUAAGAGAGAUAAUAAAUGGGGAGGGUGUGGUGGAAUUAGUCCAUGGAUGCAGGACAAAAAAGAGCCCACUGGAUUAAAAAUCCAGCAUGAGCACAUUUUUCAUUGUGCCCUUUCACCACAGAUAAAACAGGCAGUUAAGUUUAAAGAAAAUGCUGUUAAACUAACCUUUAACUGAUGCAUGGCUAAUAUGUAGGAAAGGGUUUUUAUGGUUGUUGUUUUUUUGCUCUUUUAUAAAAAAUGCAAGCAGAAAAGGAAAGCCCUGGACCAUCACCCUCCAUUGCCUUUUCAAGGUGACCUUGGAAUAAAGCAGAGUGGUUAACCUCCACCCCUUUACAUGCUGCUGGAAUACAGCUCCCAUCAUUUCCGAUUAUAGGCCAUGUUUGCUAGGACUGAUGGGAGUUGGAGUCUGACAACAUCUGGAGGAUCACAGUGUAGCCACCUUCCCCAAUAUAAAGUGAUUUGAGUGUUUGCAUUUGUAGUGUGCAGGGUGCCCUGCAGCAGCGAUCUCACAACAACCCUAUUUGAUUGGCCUUUAUUCCACCCUGCCUUCUAUAAAUGAAAUGCCAGAGCCAUCCAGCGACUCAAUGGCUGACCAGGUAUUGAACAACAGCCUUCCCAGGCAGACCCAGUAACUCCUUAGUAAAGUUGCACAAAGCAUCCUGCAAGACCUUUGAACUGCAUUGGCCUUUGGUUUGUUCAAAGCUCAUCCUAAGAACCUUUACCAGCGGGCGGGGGGGGGGGGAGCAGUGAGCUUGUAAUUGUUUAUCUAUUUGAAGAAGCCUCAGUAACCAUAAAGCAGCAAAAAAACAACAAUAACCCCUCAAUUACCGUAUUUUUUGCACCAUAACACUCACUUUUUUCCUCCUAGAAAAUAAGGGGAAAUGUCUGUGCGUGUUAUGGAGGAAAUGCCUACGGGUGGCAUGCCUACGGAUUUUCCUCCUCUAAAAACUACGUGCGUGUUAUGGUCGGGUGCGUGUUAUAGAGCGAAAAAUACGGUAAAAUGCAACAUCAAGUUUCAACUUUGGCUGAAAUAAGAAGAUAAAGAGAGGCCCUGCUAAAAAUACAUGUUUCUUAUCAGGAAGUCACUCGAAGCCAUUUUAGUGGCUUUCAAGCACUUUUCCAAAAUAUGUAAGCGUGCUUUGGCAGGCCUCUUCUGGCAGCAUUUUUGGUUAGGCGGGGGGGGGGGGGGGCAAACAAGAAGGCUUUGCUGCAUUCCCUAGUUCUCACACGCGUCCUUAUCUUGUUUGCUCAGUGUGGAGAGAAGGAAUGUUAAGCAGAGCAUGUUGUGCUGAUCUUACAGGCUGGACUCUUGAGCAAGUUUCUUAUUCGUUUGUCUAUUUUCUACUAUUUUGAAUUAGGAACAUACACUGAGUCAGUCUAGCUCAGCGUUGCCUACACUGGCUGGCAGCAGCUCUCUUCGGGGUUUCAGGCAGGGAGCCUGCCCCCUGCCCCACCUGGAGACGCUGCUGUGGAUUGAGGCUGGGACCUUCUGCAUUCAAAGCAGGUGCUCUGCCGCUGAACUAGGGCUGUUCCUUCCACAUUCUGAGAUAUACUGCCUUGGACCAUUGAGGCUCCCUCUGUCUCCAGAUGUUCACCGCCUUAAGGGGAAGCUGGCCCUGGACUUGAGACGUUUGCUCCUUCUACCAGACACAUCUGGGAGCCUGCUGCACUCCUCUCCCAUCCCUCCAGGGUCAGGAAGGAUCACAGCUCUGCUAAACAAACACUUCAUCAAACUGUCCUCCGGCCAGGGGUACAGAACACAUUGUUCACGGUUUAUACCGUUGUAAACUUUUACAGGGUAGGCGCGGAGAACAUUUCCAGUAAAAUACCGAGCCACUCUCUUCUAUUCUUGGCCGGCCCUUAAGAAGGGCUCUUGAGUGCUUUGUAGCCGCUGAUUUACUGGCGAUUUCGUUUUUUUUGUUUUCUUCCUCGAACACUAUUUAUCAACUUGCUCGACGUAGAUCAGUCUGGUCCGCAGUGGUGACUGGAUCCCAAAGUUUUCCAGCAUAAGAGGAAAGGCAGGAAUUGUAGCAAGCGAGGACUAUUGCAGCACUGGCAGAUGACUGAGAGGAGAUGUUGCAGAGGUGAAACGACUACCUUUGCAGAAACCGGGGUAAUCUCCACAAAGGAUUAGGGUGGCCCUUCUGAGCUUUGUUUGUUUCUCUAUCUUUUUGUGGAUUCCGUGAGAAUUGCUGGCGAGCCCUGGUGAAUGCUUAAUAAACUUCCUUUUCCAGAACCCUCAGUGUGGUGUAGUAGUUAGAGUGUUGGACUAGGACCUGGGAGAGACCAGGGUUCAAAUCCCCACUUGGACCAUGAACCUCACUGGGUGUGAUGUUGGGCGCCGGUCACACUGCCUCUCAGCCUCUCCUAUCUCAACAGGGUGGUUGUGGGAAUUAAUUUCUGGUCUGUGACUGUAAUAAAUCCAUUCAUUCAUUCAUUUGUUGCAGUGAUUAAAUGAGGGGUGGGGGGAGCCAUGUACAUCACUGUUUGGCCAAAAGUUUUGUCAGUCCAUCUGUGGUGAUGAUAAUGGGAUGUGGAAGGUGGGGAGAUCUAGGAGCCUCCUUUUUCUGUGAGUCUUGUGUUUCCUGUUGCUGUCCUGUCAGGGUUGGCUCCAAUAGGGACUACCUCCUUGCCUUGUGCCCAGUCCACAUCACUGCCCCAAAAAAGAGGUGAAAACAGGUGGAGGCUUCUGCAACUCCAUGCUCAGCGCUUGGACAUGUCAUCAUCAGAAGAGUCCAGCUGGAUCAGGCCAACGGCCCACCUUGUCCAGCAUCCUGUUCUCACAGUGGCCAGCCAGAUUGCUUGUGGGAAACCUGCAAGCAGAACCCAAGCGCAAGAACUCUCCCCUCCUUUAGCUUCUGGCAGCUGCUGAUUCAGAAGCCCUGCUGCCUCCAGCUGUGGAAGCAGAGCAUAGCCAACAUAGCUAGUAGCCAUGAAGGCAGCAACAGCAAAUAUGGACCACAGACACAAGGGGUCUGCGGUUGGCACCCUGCCAGGGUGUGGCCCUCAGUAGUUGCCUAACAACACCAAAUGCUUGGCACUGGCCCUGCCUCCCAUCACUGUGAGCUCUGGUCUUAAAGCAGCUCUCCCUUUAGCAACGGGCUCAUCCUCCGUCCGUGUCUGUUUCAAAUGCAGAACCCAUGACGGCAUGCACAAGUUAUGUGUCUCCAAAUGGGAAGCCGACACCCCUUGCCUUUGCUAUCUCCAUCUCUUUUUUUAUACUGUCUGGCUCAAAGCUGCUCUGGUCCGGCACGGUCCGUUUCUCUUUUGAAGUGCAGGUCAUGCCUCAGUCAUGGGUUGGCUGUCUUUUUAUAUUCACAAUCGAGAUAUCUUUGCACAAAAUCCUGGCGCAGAAAUCCUUUCUCGAGCACCCCGGAUGAAAAAACUCCUGUGUUUGGGUCGGUCGGCGUCUUUAUUUUUAGCCCGUUUGCUGUCUGUGUGGUGUUCCUAUUGUGAAGCAUCAGGUUUUUAAAAUAGCAGCAAAAGCACCAGCAUAGUAAAUUUUCUCCCCAAUCUCUUCUUUUCUUCCUUUUUUUCCUGGUUACAGGUGGUUGGAAGUUCAGGUGGACAAUCUGACCUGCACUCAGCGCUGGGUGCAGUACCUUAGGUUGCUCCAGGAAUCAAUAUGGCCUGGUGGGGUCUUGCCUGCAGCCCCCAAACCACUCAGAACAGAGGAACAGAAGGCUGCAGCAGAAAGGCAGGCCUUACAGAUUCUCAUGGGGAUUCUGCCUGGUGAGUGAGUUGAUUUCCCUCCAACCCUUCUUGCGGGUGAAACAAGAGUCUUAAGAGUCUGGGUCAAGAUGAUCAAGGGUCUGGAAACCAAGCCGUAUAGGAACAGUUGAGGGAGCUGGGUAUGUUUGGCCUGGAGAAGAGGAGACUGAGAGGUGAUGUGAUAGCCAUCUUCAGAUAUCUGAAGGACUUCCACAUGGAAGUUAGAGCAAGCUUGUUUCCUGCUGCUCCCAUGAACCAAUGGAUUCGAGUUACAAGAAAGGAGAUGAUAAGAGCCAUUCAGUAAUGGAACAGACUCCAUCGGAAGGUGCUGAAUCCUCCUUCAUUGGAGGAUUUUCAACAGAGCUUGGGUGGCCACCUGUUGGGGAUUCUUAAGCUGUGAUUCCUACCUUGCAGGGGGCUGGAGCACAUGAACCUUGCGGUCCCUUCCAGUUCUGUGAUUCUAUAAUGAACUGGUGCUGCAAGCAUGGUGGUGUAGAACUCCCAAGCCCAUCUUAGGCUAGGUUUUCCUUUGCUUUAUGUAUCGAGCACGAUGGAAUAGGUCUUUUGGAUCAGAGGUACUGGGUGGAUACCAGUUUUUACCUGGCCAUCAUGGGUGGGUCAAGUUUUCACCUAGCUGCAUCAGAGGGAGAGUUGAGACAGCAAGGCUCUCCUUCAUGGCCUAGGGGUUCCUUCUUUGUCAGAAUUGCUUCUUUCAGUAGCCAUUCCAUCUGGCUGCAUCCGAGGGAGGGGGACGACAACGAAAAGGUAAAAAAGGUAAAGGAACCAUGGAUGGUUCAGUCAAAGACGACUAUGGGGUGCAGCACUCAUCUAGCUUUUCAGGCCAAGGAAGCUGGCGUUUGUCCACAGACAGCUUUCCAAGUCAUGUGGCCAGCAUGACUAAACCACUUCUGGCGCAACGGGACAUGUGGCAAGUGCCAGAGCACACGGAAACACCGUUUACCUUCCUGCCACAGUGGUACCUAUUUAUCUACUUCCACUGGCGUGCUUUCAAACUGCUAGGUUGGCGGGAGCUGGGACAGAGCAAUGGGAGCUCACCCCGUCACACAGAUUCGAACCGCAAACCUCCUGAUCGGCAAGCCCAAGAGACUCAGUAGUUUAGACCACAGCGCCACCCGCUCCCUAGUUCAGGACAACAAAGCCUCGCAUGUCAGACGAGACCAAUUGCCAUUUGGCUUCUGACUUCUCAGAACUUCCUCUUCCAAUGACCAUUUCACAUGGUCAUCACUUAACUUCACUAUGCAACAGCGUGAAAGAGUUGAAUUUAUCUGAAUUUGCUUUCCCCCAACCCUGUUCUUUUCUCCACCUCAAUAUCAUAUAUUUUUGAUGGCAAGUCACCUUUAGUGCAACCAUGACCUCUACAACCCUGAUCUGAUCUUUGAUCUAGGGACAUUAGACAGUGUUUCAUCCAACCCCAACUGGGUCUCUCCAGGUAUUUUGAACUAAACUUGCAUCAUCCCUGACCAGUGGCCAUAUUGUCUGGGGCUGAUGGGAAAUGUAAUCCAAAGCAGAAAGCCAAUGGUGGUGUAACAGGACCUGGAAGCCAGUGUAGGAUCUGGAAAAGACCAGGGUUCAAAUCCCCCCACUCAACCAUGAAGCUCAGUGGGUGACCUUCCACCUGUCACCGCCUCCCAGCCUAACAUCACAGGGUUGUUGAUUUGGGGAUUAAAUGAGGAGGAAGAGGUAUGCCACCUUGGGCUCCUUGGAGGAAAAGCUGGGAUAUAAAUGCAAUAAAUAAAUCAGCAGUAGAACAUCUGGAAGGUAUCUGAAUUGAGAAAGCUGGUAUAGUCAUUCAAGAGGCAUUUGUCUCCUGGUGAUAUUUAUUCAGUUCUAAACAUAUUUUUGGUAUCCAAAGAAUUAAUUCUUGCUGCAUACUCCUCCGUGUAUUGCACCUUGUAUUGUACUGCAAGAUCCACAUUGUACUUGGGAAUUCAUGCCAACCUCUGAUGUCAACAGAAUUAAUCCUGGAAAUCCUUGGGACCAGUAAAUGUCGACAGAGUUGGAGCCUAGUCCUGGAGUCCAUGCAACAUCCUAUCAUAAACAGGUAACCUUGGCAACAUGGCAUCAUUGCAGACGAAUAAAGACAUGUGUACAGUGGGUAGCUUAAGAAAAACCAAAAACCUUGGAUCAAAUUGCCCAGCAAAGCAUCAUAUGGAAUGCUUUGCUUUAGCAAUACUCUGAGAUGCGCCAGGCUGACCCCUGGUGCGUCUUAGGUGCUGGUGGGGGGACAAUCAGAUUAAUCUAACAAAAGAACAAAAAAAGAGCCUGCUGGAUCAAGCCAGUGGCCCAUCUAAUCCAACACCCUCUUAUCACAGGGGCCAAUCCAGUGGCCCUGUGGGAAACCCUCAAACAGAACAUAAGUGCAACAGAAUAUUUGAGAGAGAAAAGGAACGUGUGUGAGUGCCUUUUUGCUAUGUAUUGUGGACACUAAACUUAACUAUCCUCCACGCUCUGGAUCGUCCAUAGCUGCCGUAGGUAAACUUUUCUGUAUUGUUGCAAUAGCUGAGCAUCUCAUGUUUUCCCCAAAACAAAAACAAAAGCUGCAUUUUAUAGGGUUCUGCCAAGUUGAUUUGUAGAUCAGACCAAGGGAGCUGGGAUAUCAUCUCACUCCUAGGAAGGAGCUAGUGCGGUUUGAGGAGGGAACUGGUUUCUUCUUUAUAAGCGCUGGGGGAGAUGGGGAGGGGGUUCCUUUCUCCACAAGACCUCACUUUAUGGACAGCACUUCUCCAUGGCUCCUCUGUAUGCACUGCUGUGCUUGGCAGCUCAUCGAUAGGGCACACAGAUAGGAAGAAGGGGGAAAUAGCCCUUCUAGGUCUUACUUUAGGGCAAAGAAGGACUUGGCCAUUGGCCCAUCUAGCUCAGUAUUGUCUACACUGAUUGACAGCAGCCCUCCAAGGUUCCAAGCAAUGCUUUUCUUAGCAGUCCUACCUGUAAAUGCCAAAGAUUGAACCAAGGACAUUUUGCAGGUGACAUGUGUGCUCUCGUGCUCAGUGGUGGCCAUUCCCCAAGCCAGCCGAUUCAGCAGUAUCCAUCACUAGGGCACAAGUCAUCCGGUAUUUGCCCCUCUUCAUUGUAGUCUAUAUUGAGCUCAGGCUGUCGCCUUUUCACCAGCACAGGCCUUCAUGUGUGGAAUAUCCCUUAGGCUUUCCAAGCCCCCUUAAAGUCCUGUGUUUUUUCUUUCAGGCACAUGGUUUACUGCCUCGCAGACAUCCUCCUGGAAUUUUUGAUCCCCGAUUCCCAAGUGGAUGAAUCCAAAGCAACAUCCGCCAUAGGCACACCUGCCUGUGGAGUGACUGAGAGAGCAGGUCCUUCAACACACUAACUCAGAAUGGCUUUGCUAGCAGUGGAGGAGAAGUGUGUGUGUGUGUGUGUGUGUGUGUGUGUAUAGAGGUGAAUCCCUAGGCAUCAAUUCUUGGCAUUUCAUUUCUGUUGGACUGAGCCAUGGGCCUCUGCUGAUGAAGGUGCACAAGACUGGCUGCUGAAGCUAAGAUGAGUGGUCCAAAGGUGUUUACUUGUACUGUAAAAAUAGUGUCCAUCCCAUAACUCAGGAGAGCUCAGGAGCAGCUCUUGAUUAGAAGGUAUCCUCUUCUCAUAGAGGUGAAUAAGCUUGAGAAUAGGACAAGACCUCACUGGCAUUCCUGGAUAGAUGUGAUUUCACUUCUUGCAUGUUGUUUUUUUAAGCUAUGUUCAAGCUAGUAAGCUUCGACACUCCCAAGACUACAUGCAGAUAUAUGGGCAUUCCAUUUCAUGAUCUCUCCCCAUUUUCCUUUACACAACAUUAUGCUCAAGAGUCGGAAAUCAAAUGUUUAGUAAAUAAAAUAAAACUAUCCUUCCUUUA